GAAAAUACCCAAGCGGACCAGUCUCAGUUACAGACUGGAAAUGACUCAUUAUAUCAAGCUACUUCCGCCAUUUCUACUACUUCAUCCUCAACUGAACCAAUCAUCUCUGAUUCAAAUACAACUCGGUUAGAUCUUAGCCCAAUACGUCCAAUCUGGUCAGAUGAAGGCAUCCAUGAAAUCCCUGUACCUCUUAAUCAUAGCGCAGAAAACACUGAUGUUCCUGCCAGCAGCAUUCCGACUGACUCCGAAAUCUUAACACAGGACUCGACGCAGUGUGGUCCCGAUGAGGCAGAACAGAUGUCAACUGUUAAUUCUUUGGUAGAGUCGAUGGUGGCCUCACUGGUAGCUUCAGUUGAUCCAUCAAAUUUGAAAGAAAAUGCAAUUGAAGCGCCAACCCGACGGACUCAAUCACGCCGGAUGGCUGCAGUUCGUGCUAGCCAAGCCAUUGUGAUGGCCCGCCUCCAGUUAGCUGCCUUGCCAGUUUCAUCUACGAAUUCGGAGUCAUCAUCUGCCACAGCAGAACCACUUGCUUCUUGUCCUCCAGGCGAGUCGGUUCGUAGACGGAGUUUGGCAGCCAAUAUGCCUGUUUCACAUGAAGAAAACUCUCCCAGCAGAGUGCGCCAGUGGCAGGUCAGCAUUCCACGCCAGUUUGGACCGCAUUUCCAUCAUUACCGCCGCCAUCGUAACCAACGUCACCAUAGUCGACAUAGCCAUCAUCAUCACUGCCGUCAUGCCCGGCGUAGGCAGGUCGAUGAAGAUCCUGACUAUAGGGCUCCUCCAAUGCGGCUUCCGCCUGCUGGCCCAAGCAUGGUAACAACAACAACCGCUUCUUUAGAUCGUCAUGUAGACCUGGGUAAUCGGACCCCAAGGAAGCUGAACCAAUUUGAGACCUCUGGUUCCGGAAAACAGUCCGUUGGAAUUUACGGUUGGCUAAUGUAA